CAACGGGAGGAGACAUUCUCACCGAGUAAUCUGGCCGGUGAUGACCAGCCGGUAAGGUCAUCGAGUUGCGUCCCCGAGCAACAACGAGGCUACGCCAGCCUACAGGACCUGGGCCUUGUUCGAAACCGUCGAAAAUCCUUCCACGAUCUCAAACCGAUACUAAAUCAUCGAGAUUAAAACGUUCGAUAGAUUCCACGGCUCGAACCAACACGUCAACGCGAAACACUGGAAGUGCGAAGCGAACGGUGAAGUGGAAAUUUGUUUGAAAGUAUUCGAAAUCGAGGAGGAUAUCGAGGAGAGUGCGAUCGGAUUCGACGGAGGAGAAAGGCUGAGAGGAUUCUGGACGGGAAAAAAAGAACUUUUGUGCUCGCGGGAAACACGUGCGGACGAGUGAAAGUUAUCCCAGAAUUGAACGCGGCACCUGGACCAGUGCACGAUAUCGUGGAUUCGUUUCUUCCUGGAGCCAUUCUUAGGACCAGUACACGCCGACAAGCAGUCCGGACCUGUUGGAUACACGCUUCAGAGAUGGGUAGCAUUUUGCAACAGUCGGUAUUAAAAGGCCGGCAGACCGACAGCAUCAAGGAGAAGGAUUUGCUUCAUAAAUUAUUCAAAGAAACGGCGGCAAAUUAUUCCAAUCGUCUGGCGAUCUACCACGAAGACGAUCAUGGGAAGGAAUACACGAUAUCAUACGGGGAGCUGAGCGAGCUGACAAACGGAAUCGCUAGGGUUCUCCGAAAGUUCGCGAAACCAGAGAGCUCGUCGCAGUCGCUGGUAGCGGUAUGCAUGAAGCCCUCUCAUCGGCUGCCGACAGUGCUGCUGGCCAUCGUCAAAGCUGGAAUGGCAUACUUGCCGCUGGACGUGGAAUUCCCAAUGACCAGGAUCAAACACGUUCUGCAAGAAGCCAGGCCCCUAAUGGUGUUGACAGAGGAAGGAGCGGACCAAUCUAUCUACGAUGGAACAAUGACGAUGACCUACGAGGAACUGUCCGAGAGAGCUCGGCAAGAGGAGAAAGACGAUCUGGAUCACCCGGAGAACCCCGAGCAACUCGCGAUCGUCCUUUACACUUCCGGUAGCACGGGCACGCCGAAAGGAGUGCUUCUGCCACACGCGACAGUGCUAAACCGGCUGCGAUGGCAGUGGCGGGAACUGCCUUAUGCAUCGGACGAGUGGCAGUGCGUGUUCAAGACGUCCUUGACCUUCGUCGACAGUUUAUCGGAGAUCUGGGGUCCCCUGCUUCAAGGUCGAACCCUCGUCGUUGUCUCGAAGCACGUUACCAGGGACCCCGAGAGAUUCGUACAAGUGUUGGAAAAGCACAAGAUUCAACGACUCGUGCUGGUGCCAUCACUCCUGCAUUCGAUGCUCAUGUACCUGAGUCUACGCGACAAGGAGAACGUGCUGCGCUCAUUGAAGCUUUGGGUUUGCUCCGGCGAAACAUUGCCGGUUUCGUUGGCCGAUCAAUUCUUCGCCACGUUUGGCAACGGCGAUAAGGUCCUGGCGAACUUUUACGGGAGCACAGAGAUCAUGGGUGAUGUCACUUACUAUCUUAUGGAUAGUAGGAACCAGCUGCAAUCGACCGACAAAGUUCCUAUUGGGAAGCCGCUAGAUAAUUGCAUUGUCUAUAUCGUGGAUAAGGAAAUGCGGCUGGUCCCGCAAGGUGAAGUUGGAGAGCUAAUAGUAGCUGGAAGAAACCUCGCUGCGGGAUAUCUUCGCGACAACGACUCCCGCAAGUUCCAGGAAAACCCUCAUGCCAUCGAUCCAGAAUACUCACGGAUCUACCGCACAGGCGACUACGCCAGGAUAUCGAAAGGAGUUGUAACGUACGAAGGACGCGUAGACUCGCAGAUAAAGGUCCGAGGACACCGGGUAGAUCUCACGGAAGUAGAAAAAGCAGUUUCCAGAGCGCCGGGAGUUGAAAAUGUAGUCGUUCUUUGUUACAAGCCUGGAGAAUUGUCACAGACUCUACUCGCGUUCGUUACCAUCGUGAACGGCACUUCUACUUGCGCCGAGAAAGUCGAAUCUUUCCUACAAGCCACAUUGCCUGUGUACAUGUUGCCGCAAAUUUUCAUUCUGGAUAAUAUACCGUUGUUGACGAAUGGGAAGACCGAUCGACAGACUUUGCUAAAGCAGUACGAAACCUCGAAUCUGUGUAGCGAUAAUGACGAGUACCUGAACUGCGACUACGUCGGCAUAGCGGAGAAGGAUCUCGAGAAAGCCAAGGUCCUGUUCCCAACGGUAGCGUCGGUGAUAGGCCGCAGUGGGCGUGCGAACGUGACGCUCGAUGCAAAUUUCUACGAGCUUGGCGGCAACUCCUUGAAUUCGAUCUACACGGUGACGAAGUUGAGGGAUCAAGGCUACGAGAUCGGCAUCACGGAAUUCAUCACGGCGAAGAGCCUCGCGGAAGUGAUCGACCGGAUGAGAAUCAGCACAGAUGACGAGCCGGUAGAAAAGAAUCUCAGCGAAGACCAACACUACUAUGAAAUGCUCGAUGACUCGCAUAGAGAGGACGCCAUCGAGAUCAUUACGGAAAGCUUCUACAGCAAAGCGGACCUCGAGCAAUGGCUAAUUACAGAAAUAUCGAGGGACGACUACCGCGAAUUGAUGGAACGUUUAUGGGUACCAUUGGUCGAGAAGAAUCUCAGCUUCGUCGUGAAGUCGAACAAUGGCAGAACGAUCGGCGUGGGCCUGAACUUCGAUCUUUGGGACGAACCGGAAGUGAUACUCGACUCGAAGCUGACGGUGGUGUUCGACUUCCUCGAGUAUCUGGAGGCGCCGAUCCGGGAGCAUAAACUGCCGAAGGGAAAGGGCCAGAUCAUCCAUAAUUUCAUGAUGACGACGCACAGUGAUUUGAACGCAGCGGAAAAUGUGAUCGUGAUGAGAGAAAUGGAGGAGUACUGCUUGCAGCUGGCCAAGAGGAAGGAGUACGCUGGCAUCUUCACCACCAACACUAGUCCUUUGACGCAGCAACUCGGAAUCGACGUGUUUGGGUACGAAACGAUGCUGACCUAUCAAGUGAACAAAUACAUUGCGCCCGACUCUACGAAGCCCUUCGGAGAAGCGCCGGAUAGUCAACUGGCAAUUUGCUCGUUGAAAAUGAUCAACUAACGUUCAUUGAAAUGGACCGGAAGCCGUGUGUGCAUCACUCACGAGAACGCAAUCUGUCCUGGUCUUUCAUAGCGGAUAAGUAGACUGCGGUUUUUAUGCAUUUAUGAUAAAAAUAAAUAAGAGUAAGUGCUGUUUGAAACAGUAGCAAAAUUUCAAUAAUUUAAGAAUGCCAAUAUAAGUUUUUUAACUUGUUAAAGUUAUUAAGGAAUGAUAGAAAUUUCUGUUUAUUACAACAGAUACAUAAAAUUAUUAUAUUGCAUAAAGAUCCGCAGUUUGCUGAUAAAUUAUACGUAGCGUCUACGUAAUACACACUGUAUAGAUAAUUUAUUAUAAUAAUAUUAGCUCAUCUCCUAAGCGAUGCAGGUUUCAUAAUUCUCAUCGAGGAAAUGCAAAAACACAAGUAUUAUUGUUCUAUGCAUUUCCCCUUACAUUUUACAAAAUAUAAAACUAUAUUAGCAUUAUCUAUGAGAUGAGCUGAUACAUGAUUGUGACGUUGCAUAAGAAGUAGAAUCGCAGCAAGUUGAUCUUGCUGAAUGAUUCUAUGCGUUUCGUUCUGAUCGUUGUCCUUCACGAUUGCCGCAUUGUAUUCUAUUAAUGUAUUUAAGAGAAAGAACUGUAAAUAUUUUUGUACAUAAUUAUUGUCUACGAUGGACCGUUUUUGCCUCUUCUCGGUCGUGGCAGCUCGAUCUCUUCAACGUUUAAGAAGGUUCGAUUGUUCUCGACAACUCGUGAUUCGAAAGUACAAGGUAUACACAAAUUAAUAGAUUAGGCUAGAUAAGUUAAUUAUAUCGCAAACGGUGUGAUCGUUGAGUUAUUUAAUAGUUAAUGCGACGUUUGGUAAUUACUUUUAAUCUACCGACGCGAGUUGGCGGCUGAGCCGGUUACUAAACAGAUUGCUGUAAAUUUUAAAUAAAUUACUCAUUAGACAUUAA